AUGUCUGACACAGAGUCGCGCUUUCGUGUCAUUGUCAUUGGUGGUGGCAUUGCCGGCCUGUCGGCCUCUCAUAUGCUUCAAAAGGCCGGCAUCGAUCACAUUGUACUGGAACGCCGAUCUGAAGUUGCCCGGCUGGAGGGCGGUAGCAUGUUCAUCUACCCGCACGGGUCACGGAUUCUGGAUCAGCUGGGAUGCCUGGAUACGGUGCAGAAGGGUACCGUUCCUCCUGGCCGUUGGUUUAUCAGACUGCCAGGCGGCAAGAAGAUACUGGAAAGUACCUUCUUCAGCCACAUCCAGAAGAAUCACGGCUAUAAUAUGCUCAUUUUUGAACGGCCGAAACUCCUUCGAGACUUAUAUGAGACCUUACCGGACAAGACGCGCGUCAGAACCAACGCGUCUGUGGAUAGUAUCAAGCAAGACGAAAAUGGAGUGGAUGUUGUGUUGAGUAACGGUGAGGUUGAGAGGGGCGACCUGGUCCUGGGCUGUGACGGGGUCUAUAGCACGGUGAGAAGUGCGAUGUGGGACGCUGCGAACGCUGCUUCGCCGGGAAUGAUAACGGUGAAGGAGAAAAGGGCUAUAAGCGCAGACUGGUAUUGCCUCGUCUUUGUGACACCGGGCAUUCCAGAGCUGAGCGAAACCGACAUGACAGUCAUUAACUCGGCUGAACACACUCAUCUGUUCACGUUGACACCAAAGAAAGGCUUCUUCAGCGUAUACUUUCUUCUGGACAAGCCGUUUCCGUGGCCCAAGCGAGCGAAGCGUUUUACGGAGCAGGAUGCAGAGGACCUGGCAAGAUCAGUUGCUGAUCAUCCCUUGUCCGACACAGUCAUGUUUGGAGAAGUUUGGAAACGUCGUCUGCGAUCGAGCGUGAUCCACCUGGAGGAAGGUGUUCUGGACCAUUGGUAUCAUGGGAGGAUAGCCUUGGCGGGGGAUUCCGCUCACAAGGUGAUGCCGAAUAUGGGGUUGGGUGGAAACUCGAGCAUGGAGUCGGUUGCUGUCUUGACCAAUCGCUUGCGUCAGAUGCUUGUAGACACCAACUGGAGAAAGCCAAGCAGCGCAAAGCUGGAGGAGACACUCGCAGCUUACCAGGAAGAGCGAGUAGGACGCAUGAAGCAUAUAUUCAAGUUCUCGUCGAACAUGUCGCAGGGAUGGAGAACCCCGUGGUAUAAGUUCUUGUCAACUUGGAUCAUCCCGGUCAUACCCGACAGCAUGUUGGCUGCUGAGAUGUCCAAGAUCAUUAGCGGUGCACCGCGGCUGGAUUUUCUAGAGGUAAAAGAUCUGCCUCCUGGUCGGGUGCCCUGGGAAUAUGUAGCGAACAAGAAGCGGUCGACCGAGGGAGGAAUUGUCGGUGGGAACAAGUUAAGCAGCUUGAGCCUUGUCACGGCUCUGGGGGUCGCACUCUAUUACUACUACGGUGUGAGGCCACUUCCUCUCCCUUCCCUGGCUUGA